AUAUGUAAAUUGUGAGAAAUAAAGGUUCCUUCGUUUUAACUUUAAAUAGACUAUAUCUCCGUGAAAUUAUCCGUCGCCGCCAUCUUACAUGCCUCAUCCGUGUCAAUAGACAUUUCAUUCCUCUCACCCUUUGUACUUCAACCCCGCAGUAUUGCGCUCUGUCCAGAUAUUUAUUACGUCCAUGGUUUGCACUCUCAGUCUACUAAUUUGUAAACAAAAACAACCGCGUAAGUUUUGAUUUUGAUACAAGCCUAGAACUUUGACGAUCCGAAUAAGGGAUUUAAUAUUCUGGAAGGGACGUACACAAAGGAUAAUUUUUGCCAGCUCUAUCGCAAAACAAACGAGAGUUAGGUUAGGUUAAGUUUAGGUUAUAUUAGUUUAGUACUGAAUUAAAUCUUUGACAUUCGACCUUUUUCCCCUUCGCAAUUUUAUAGUAAUACUUUUUUUGUUGUACAAUGACACGUACAUGCAUCUGCUGUAAUCACCGCAUGAGCAAAGACGUUUUGCUGUCGGAUGUAUCGCUUUUCGGGUUUCCAAAGUCGGACGAUUUACUGAAGAGAUGGUCGCUCGCAAUUGGCACGGAGAAAAAGAUCACUGGAUCGUCCCAAAUAUGUUCGCGCCACUUUAAGGAAAACGACUUUAAGUACAGUUUAGUUGGAAGCAAACGCUAUUUGAAACACGAUGCGAUACCGUCCCUUUAUUUAAACGAGGAGAACACUGUUUCGAACAAUCAAAGCGCGAUCAUUAAGGAAAACCAGUCAACGAACACUGUAGUUGAAUCUAGCGAGAGAGCUCCUGAGAACGAAGCUUUAAAUGUUAUAGAAUCACGUAUAGAAGUUAAAAGAGAUGACAAACUGUCCGAAAAUAUAUCGCUCGCUCAAGCAGGUCCAAGCGAUCCAGAGAAGAAACGCAAGAAGUAUUUAUACGAUGUCCGAUGGGAGGAGAUUUCCACAUCGUCGGUGCAAGCUAAAAUUUACUGGGAAGUGGCGAUCAAAAAGAUCAUGCGGCAAAAAGUGCUUCUAAGAACCUUGCGACAGAAACUCAGGAGAUUAAAGAAACAAAUAUUAGACUUUCAAACUUUGGUAAAAAAUAAAAGGAUUACAGAUACCUAAUAUAAAAUGUGUUAGAAGAUUUUGUAAAUUGUACAAAUGCCAAAAAUUUUUAUGUACAGGGAUAAUGUGAUUAUGUUUGAUACAAAUAUAUUUGGUUCGAUAUGAUAAAUGUUAUCGAAUAAGUGCAGUACGAGAGGAGAAGAGAAAGGAGGUAUAUCAAGACUUUUCGAAGAAAGUAUCAAAUCUGUCUGUGCCGAAACAGUCAUCGCUAAAAUCACUAAAUUCCUAGAGAUACAUAGACAUUUUUAUUUAAUAUGUAUGUUCGUUAAAUGUAUAAUUACUUAAAUAUUUCUAAUUAAUAUCUAACGAAUGGAAAGAAAAUAGUAACAUCAAGUUUGGUUGACCGUAUCUGGCAAUUUUUAUGUUUAAGCAUUGCGAUGCUUAAACGGUCAAUCAAAUUUGAUGUUAAUUAUUGCUGGCGAUCUUGAAGAUUUUUCCUGUUAGGAAAAAAAUAGGAUCAGAAUUACGUCCCCAUGGUAAACAUGGUUACAAUCAUUAUGAAUCUUGAUAUUUAGAUUUCAUCACUUCCUACUAGAUGGCUCAGGAGACGUUUUAUCGGUUUCUCAUAUAGUGACAUGUGAGUCAAGAAGCACUCGCGAGAAAGAGUUUAUUACUCUGUAAACAUAAAAUCACAAUAAAUUAAUGCAUAAUAGUAACUUUGUCGAGAAUGGUAAAAAGAAAAUGCGGGUAUUAUUUUACUUAAAACAAAAAAUUGCGAUUUUUUCUUACAUAACAA